UUUAACGCUAUGAUGCAGGGCUUAUUACUAUUAGUCCCGCCAACUAGAGAUCCUCAGAAGCGAACCGAGGAGAAGGCGACGGAUACAGGUACUCGCUUACUUCAUUUCUUCAAAACCUUACCGCCUGAAAAUCGAUCUGUCUCCCCUACUCCCCUUCUGGUUGUGCCAUUACCAAUCGCGGCUGGAAUUACAAUCCACAACGGGCAAGGCUAUACAAUCGCCAUUCUCUCUGUCACUGUGACCCAAACCCCCAUCUCUCUCUCUCUCUCUGCCCUAAUCCACCACCGUUCCCACUCUUCGGAACCAAGAUCCAUUUCCCAACAAUAUCACUGUUUUAGGGAGCAACAACAGGCCGCUUUGUGUUUGGGAACUUGUGACGAUGUUUGGGUCAACGAACCCUUUUGGGCAGUCUUCAUCGAGCCCGUUUGGCUCACCGUCUGUUUUCGGGCAGAAUAAUUCUAGCAGCAAUCCCUUCGCCCCUAAGCCUUUUGGUAGUAGUCCUUUUGGUUCGCAGACAGGUAGUUCCAUAUUUGGAGGCACUUCAACUGGUGUGUUUGGUGCUGCUCAGCCUUCUUCUCCCUUCUCUUCUACCACAACGUUUGGUGCUUCAUCUUCGCCCGCAUUUGGUAGUUCGGCUCCGGCUUUUGGUGCUUCAUCUUCCACCCCAGCUUUUGGUGGUUCGUCAUCAUCAUUUGGGGGAUCAUCUGUUUUUGGUCAGAAGCCUGUUUUUGGAGGUUUUGGAUCUACUCCCACUCAAACAAGUCCAUUUGGUGGAAGUGCCACUGCCACCCAGCCGUCGCAACCAGCGUUUGGAAGCAGCAUUUUUGGUUCCUCAACUCCUUUUGGUGCACCGUCUCAGCCAGCAUUUGGUUCAACGGGCAACCCUGCAUUUGGUGCCACAAGCACCCCUGCGUUUGGUUCUACUAGCACCCCUGCAUUCGGUGCUGCUAGCACCCUAGCAUUUGGUACAACUAGCACCCCUGCAUUUGGUUCAACUUCCAGCCCAUCCUUUGGUAACACAGGAAGUGCAUUUGGUGGGUCCAAUACUUCCGUUUUUGGAGGCGGGGGAACAUUUGGGGCCUCAACUAGCCCUUUUGGUGCCUCUAGCACUCCGGCUUUCGGGGCACCUAGUACUCCAGCUUUUGGAGCUUCAAGUACCCCUGCAUUUAGUUUUGGCUCUACUCCAGCUUUCGGCCAGUCUUCUUCUGCAUUUGUUGGCAGCACCCCAUUUGGAAGUACAAGCUCACCUUUUGGAGGGCAGAGUUCUGCAUUUGGAUCCCAGACGCCAUCACCAGCCUUUGGAAAUGCUGGUAUUGGUCAGCCGGGUUUUGGAGGUCAACGGGGUGGAAGUAGAGUAGCUAACUAUACACCAACAACAGAAGCUGAUAGUGGUACCUCUGGACAGACUGCCAAAUUGGAAUCGAUAUCAGCCAUGCCUAUUUACAAAGAAAAAAGCCACGAGGAGCUAAGAUGGGAGGACUAUCAAUCGGGAGAUAAAGGUGGACCACUUCCCUCUGCUCAAUCCACUAGUUCACCAUUUGGAUCAUCUACAACACAGACAAACACCUUUGCUCCUAUACAAGGGUUUGGUCAAACAUCUGCGAACCCUUUUUCUGGCACGACAACUAGUUCUAACCCAUUUGCCCAAAAGACUUCAACUUUUUCUGGAUUUGGUACAACUUCAUCUGCUCCUGCCUUCAGUUCAUCAGCUUUUGGUUCUUCAACAACAGGUGUAUCACAGCCUUCUAUUUUUUGCCCAUCCCCUUCUCCAUUUGGAGUUAACUCUUCUCCGAGCUUUGGGACAUCUUCUACAUCCUUGUUUAAUACUGCUUCUGCUCAGACUUCAUCUUCACCAUUUGGCUCAAGCAUUUUUGGGAACACUCAGCCAUCCCAAUUAUUUAGUUCUAUAGCCCCGCAACCAAGCUCAGGUUUCGGACAGACAUCCUCUCCCUUUGGGCAGACUUCAUCUUUUGGUCAAACUAGCUUGUUCAAUUCACCUUCUUCUGGGCUUGUCGGAAGCAUUUUCUCGAGCAGCUCAUCACUCACAUCUAAUACUCUGACAGGCUUUGGGCAAACAACGCCAUCCAUUUCAAUGCCUUUCCAACAACCACAGACUGCUCAGUCAGGUGGUUCAUUUGCCUUUGGCAACUUUGGCCAGACACAACCUAUUGGUGCAAGUAGCUUCGGUGGCACUCCAGGUAUAUUUGGACAGAGUAACUUUGGACUGUCGUCUUCUACCCCGAGCUCUGUAGUUUCACAACCAGCACCAAUUACCAAUCCAUUUGGAACACUUCCUGCUUUGCCUCAGAUGUCAAUUGGUCGAGGUGGAACAACUUCGAUUCAAUAUGGAAUCUCUAGCAUGCCUGCACAAGACAAACCUGCGCCUGUUAGAAUAUCAUCGUUAUUGACUUCUCGACAUUUAUCACAAAGACGAGUUAGGGUUCCUGUCCGGAAAUAUCAGUCUAAAACAGAUGGGCCAAAGGUUCCAUUCUUUAGUGAUGACGAGGACACUCCAACCACUCCAAAGGCUGAUGCACUUUUCAUUCCUAGAGAAAACCCAAGGGCACUGAUUAUUUGUCCCAUGGAGCAGUGGCCUGGAAGGGCUUCAUCUGAGAAAGCAUCACCUUUUAAGGAUAGAAAUACCCCAGUGAAGGAGAAUGGAAGUGUAUCUAAAGAAGCGUCAACUCAACCAGUCAAUGGGACCAGCUCAGCUAGUGAUAAAACUGCAGUGGAAAAUGGGGUUGUCAAGGAGCAUGUUCAGCCUACAACAAAGCAAGUUCCCAAUGGGAGUAGUGAGGUCCAUUCUCCUCAGAAGGCAGAUGUAUACAAGACCCUCAGUGGGCACAGGGCUGGCGAGGCUGCGAUUGUGUAUGAACACGGAGCUGAUGUUGAGGCACUAAUGCCAAAGCUUUGGCGUUCUGAUUACUACACACAGCCUCGAAUACAUGAGCUGGCGGCAAAGGAAAGAGUCGAACCAGGAUUCUGCAGUCAUGUCAAAGACUUUGUGGUCGGAAGGCAAGGUUAUGGCAGCAUCAGAUUCUUGGGUGAGACAGAUGUAAGAGGGCUUGACCUUGAGUCCCUUAUUCAGUUCAACAACCGUGAGGUUAUUGUUUACAUGGAUGAUGCAAAGAAGCCACCUGUUGGACAAGGGCUGAAUAAGCCCGCUGAGGUUACUCUCCUUAACAUAAAAUGUUUUGACAAGAAAACUGGGCAACAAUACACAGAAGGGCCAAAGAUCGAGAAAUACAAGGAGAUGCUUAAGAGAAAGGCUGAGGACCAAGGUGCUGAAUUUAUUUCAUACGAUCCCAUUAAAGGAGAAUGGAAAAUCAGGGUCAACCACUUCAGUGUCUACAAGCUGUUGGAUGAAGAAGUCUGCGAGGUGGAUGAAUGACAAAAGAAUGUUGUUGGGAACUACUACAGUGGGUUUAAUAUUUUGACAGAACCAAGUGCCUUUUUUGUGUGUAAAUUUUUGUUUUUGCCUUGUGUAGAUAGAUUUUGGGUUAAUGUUGUUAAUGUGUUUUUUUUUUUUUUAAAUAUAAUUUCUUUGGGAGUUCUUUUGUUAGGUCUUAGAGUUGGGGGAUGAUAAAAUGUAAUCUGUCUAGUCUCUUUACAAGUGGUAAAGUUCCUUGGACAAGUUUGUGUUUUUAUUUUAAAGAAUUAAGGUGAUCUUUGAUUUACCAGUCAAUUUA